AUGGGUUACGAAGACUCCGUCUACCUCGCCAAGCUCGCUGAGCAGGCCGAGCGCUAUGAGGAAAUGGUCGAGAACAUGAAGGCUGUCGCCUCGGCUGACCAGGAGCUUUCCGUUGAGGAGCGGAAUUUGCUCUCAGUCGCCUACAAGAACGUCAUCGGUGCCCGUCGUGCUUCUUGGCGCAUUGUGACUUCUAUAGAGCAGAAGGAGGAGAGCAAGGGCAACGAGCAGCAGGUUACCCUCAUCAAGGAGUACCGCCAGAAGAUUGAGGCCGAGCUUGCGAAGAUCUGCGAGGACAUCCUCGAGGUUCUGGACAAGCACUUGAUCCCCUCCGCGCAGAGUGGCGAGUCGAAGGUCUUCUAUCACAAGAUGAAGGGAGACUACCACCGCUACCUCGCCGAGUUCGCUAUGGGCGACAAGCGUAAGGAGUCUGCCGACAAGUCUCUCCAAGCGUACCAGGCUGCCACCGAAGUCGCCGGUACCGAUCUCGCGCCCACUCACCCCAUCCGCCUCGGCCUUGCCUUGAACUUCUCGGUCUUUUACUACGAGAUCCUCAACUCUCCAGACAAGGCUUGCCAGAUGGCCAAGACCUCUUUCGAUGAGGCUAUCGCUGAGCUCGACACUCUCUCCGAAGAGAGCUACAAGGACUCCACCCUCAUCAUGCAGCUCCUCCGUGACAACCUGACUCUCUGGACAUCGUCCGAGGCCGAGCCAUCCGGUGAGCCAGCCGCUGCAACCGAGGGCGAGUCCAAGGACACCUCCGACGUACCAGCUGCAGAGGACACCAAGCCCGCACAGUAG